AUGGAGUCGAGGGCUGAGCGGCGGCUGAGAUUGAUUCAGGCCCAUCUGGUUCCCGUCUCCGACGAUGAUUUCUUGCGGGUUUCUGCGAAUCCGACCGCCGGCGAAUAUUUUCACGCAGGCCAGAGAUAUAGUGUAGUUCUGCCUGAAAAAUUGCAAACCGGAAAAUGGAAUGUGUACAGAUCUGCACGUUCUCCUUUGAAACUCGUCGACAGAAUCCCAGAACAUCCAGAGAUUGGCACAUUGCACGAUAACUUUGUACAUGCAGUUGAAAAUUUCCAAGACUACAAAUAUUUGGGUACACGUAUACGGGUAGAUGGUACAGUUGGAGAGUACAAAUGGAUGACAUAUGGAGAGUCAGGUAGUGCUCGAUCAGCUAUAGGUUCGGGACUUCGCCAUCAUGGAUUACAAUCAGGAGCUCGUGUUGGGCUUUAUUUUAUUAAUAGACCAGAAUGGAUAAUCGUGGAUCAUGCAUGCUCAGCAUAUUCGUACAUUUCAGUUCCUUUAUAUGAUACCCUUGGUCCUGAUGCUGUUAAAUAUAUUGUGAAUCACGCUGAUGUACAAGCCAUUUUUUGUGUGCCAAGUACCUUAAACACUCUGCUAAGCUUCCUGUCCGAGAUUCCAUCUGUACGUGUAAUAGUGGUGGUGGGUGGGGUAGAUGAACAUCUCCCAUCUCUACCUUCCACUACAGGAGUUGAGCUUUUAUCGUACACGAAAUUACUAAGUCAGGGUCGCAGUAACCUACUUCCAUUUUGUCCUCCCAAACCCGAAGACAUAGCAACUAUAUGCUAUACAAGUGGUACUACUGGGACACCAAAGGGAGUUGUACUGUCACAUGGAAACUUGAUUGCAAGUAUUGCUGGAAUGACGCUUGUAAUCAAAUUUAAUUCCUCUGACAUUUACAUAUCCUAUCUUCCCCUGGCACACAUCUAUGAACGAGCUAAUCAGAUUAUUUCGGUGUAUUACGGUGUUGCUGUUGGCUUCUACCAGGGGGAUAACCUGAAAUUGAUGGAUGACUUGGCUGCUCUGAGGCCCACUAUUUUCUCCAGUGUUCCUCGUUUAUACAACAGAAUAUAUGCUGGGAUUACAAAUGCUGUGAAAACUUCUGGUGUUCUGAAGGAGAGGUUAUUUAAUGCGGCAUACAAUUCCAAGAAGCAAGCUGUAAUGAGUGGGCGAAAACCAUCACCAAUGUGGGACAGAUUGGUGUUCAAUAAAAUAAAGGACAAGCUUGGAGGCCGAGUCCGUUACCUGACUUCAGGUGCUUCACCAUUGUCUCCUGAUGUGAUGGAGUUUUUGAGGGUGUGUUUUGGAUGCCAAGUGGUUGAAGGUUAUGGCAUGACAGAGACAUCUUGCGUCAUUAGCUCUAUGGAAGAGGGUGACAACUUAACAGGUCAUGUUGGUUCCCCCAAUCCUGCAUGUGAAAUAAAGCUUGUGGAUGUGCCUGAAAUGAAUUAUACCUCGGAGGAUCAACCACAUCCUCGUGGGGAGAUUUGUGUCAGAGGACACACAGUGUUCCAAGGCUAUUACAAAGAUGAAGUCCAGACGAGAGAAGUAAUGGAUGAUGAAGGCUGGCUGCACACAGGAGAUAUUGGAUUAUGGCUACCUGGGGGCCGCCUGAAAAUCAUUGAUAGGAAAAAGAACAUAUUUAAGUUGGCCCAGGGUGAAUACAUCGCACCAGAGAAAAUUGAGAAUGUGUACGCAAAGUGUAAAUUUGUUGCACAGUGCUUUGUGUAUGGUGAUAGCUUGAACUCAUGCCUUGUUGCUGUAGUCUGUGUGGAACCAGAUGUUUUGAAAGAUUGGGCAGCAUCAGAGGGUAUCAAGUAUGAAGAUUUGGGGCAACUGUGUGCUGAUCCAAGAGCAAGAGCUGCUGUACUUGCAGACAUGGAUGCUGUCGGCAGGGAAGCUCAGCUGAGAGGUUUCGAAUUUGCCAAAGCUGUGACACUAGUGGUUGAGCCGUUCACUCUGGAAAAUGGCUUGUUGACUCCAACAUUUAAGAUCAAAAGGCCUCAAGCAAAGGCCUACUAUGCGCAAGCAAUAGCUCAUAUGUACACCGAGCUCUCAACAUCCGAUCCAACACCACAAAAGCUGUUGUAA